AUGAACGGGUCCCUGACCAGCCCGGGCGUGUACCCGGGCCUCAUCUCGCCCCAGAUGAGCGCCGCAGCUGCCGCCGCCUACGGCCGCUCGCCCAUCGCGGGGUUUGACCCCCAUCCUCACAUGAGAGCUUCAGGCCUCUCGGCGAGCCUCACUUCCAUUUCUGGAGGAAAACCGGCUUAUUCUUUCCACGUGAGCGCUGACGGGCAGAUGCAGCCCGUUCCCUUCCCUCCGGACGCGCUGAUCGGCCCGGGCAUCCCGCGCCACGCCCGGCAGAUCAACACGCUGAGCCACGGCGAGGUGGUGUGCGCCGUCACCAUCAGCAACCCCACGCGGCACGUCUACACCGGAGGAAAAGGCUGCGUCAAGAUCUGGGACAUCAGCCAGCCGGGCAGCAAGAGCCCCGUGUCCCAGCUGGACUGCCUGAACAGGGACAAUUACAUCCGCUCCUGCAAGCUGCUGCCCGACGGCCGCACCCUGAUCGUGGGCGGCGAGGCCAGCACGCUGACCAUCUGGGACCUGGCCUCGCAGACGCCGCGCAUCAAGGCGGAGCUCACCUCCUCCGCCCCCGCCUGCUACGCGCUCGCCAUCAGCCCCGACGCCAAGGUCUGCUUCUCCUGCUGCUCCGACGGGAACAUCGCCGUCUGGGACCUGCACAACCAGACCCUGGUCAGGCAGUUCCAGGGCCACACGGACGGGGCCAGCUGCAUCGACAUCUCCCACGACGGGACGAAGCUGUGGACCGGAGGUCUGGACAACACGGUGCGCUCCUGGGACCUGAGGGAGGGCCGGCAGCUGCAGCAGCACGACUUCACCUCUCAGAUCUUCUCUCUGGGCUACUGUCCCACCGGGGAGUGGCUGGCUGUGGGCAUGGAGAGCAGCAACGUGGAGGUGCUGCACCACACCAAACCCGACAAAUACCAGCUGCACCUGCACGAGAGCUGCGUGCUGUCGCUCAAGUUCGCCUACUGCGGUAAAUGGUUUGUGAGCACAGGGAAGGACAACCUGCUGAACGCAUGGAGGACUCCCUAUGGAGCCAGCAUAUUCCAGUCGAAGGAGUCGUCCUCCGUCCUGAGCUGCGACAUCUCGGCCGAUGACAAAUACAUCGUGACGGGCUCCGGCGAUAAGAAGGCCACCGUCUACGAGGUCAUCUACUAG